AUGCCUCUACCUUACCAGUCCACGCAGAUCCCCACGUCCUUCGCAUCAUGCAGCAUCGGCCACAAGUCGUCGCACACCUUUCCUCUGAAACUGAAAGCCAUCGCAGACGCGGGCUUCGACGCCAUCGAGCUCAGCAUGCCCGACAUCCUCAGCUACGGGGCAUUCCUGUCCUCGGACAAUAAGGAGCCCGCCCCGGACGACUACGACACCCUAGAAAAGGUCGCGCGGGAGAUCAAGACCCAAUUGAGCGAGCACGGCCUGAAGGUCCUCAUGCUGCAGCCCUUUGCCAACUUCGAAGGCUGGGGACCGGGGAGCAAAGAGCGCGAGGAGGCAUUCACCCGCGCUAGGGGGUGGAUGCGCAUCAUGAACGCCGUCGGCACGGACAUGCUGCAGGUCGGAUCGUCGGAUUCCCCGGCCAUCAAGGGAAAGUCAGUGGACGAGCUGGCUCGGGAUCUCGCUGAGCUGGCGGACUUGGGGGCUGCUCAGGUCCAGGGGUUCCGCAUCGCGUAUGAGAACUGGUGCUGGGCGACAAAGGCGCCCAAGUGGAAGGACGUGUGGGACAUUGUACAGCGCGCGGACAGGAGCAAUAUCGGACUGUGUCUUGAUACGUUUCAGUCUGCGGGCGGGGAGUGGGCGGACCCGCGGACAAAGAGCGGUCUCAUUGAAGGAGUGUCUGAUGAUGAGCGGGACAAGAGAUGGAAGGCUUCGCUGGAAGAGCUGAGCAGGACGGUGCCUGCGGACAAGAUCUACCUGCUCCAAAUCUCGGACGCGUACAAGAUGGAUCCGCCACUCGAGGAUAAGGAAGACAAGGACGGGCUGAGGCCACGCGGGCAGUGGAGUCAUGACUACAGGCCCUUGCCGUAUGAUGGCGGUUACCUUCCCGUGGAGGACUUCCUCAAGGCGGUGCUGGGCACAGGGUUUAGGGGCUGGUUGUCUGUGGAGGUGUUUGAUGGCAAGGCGAAGGACAAGUAUGAGGAUAUGGGCGAUUAUGCCAAGGCGGCGAUGCACUCGUUGCAGAAGCUGCUAAAGGCUUAG